GCUCAGAGCCGCUGCUGGCCGACACACAGCGCUGUUCUGCGCGGAGCGGAGAGCGGAGAGAGAGCCGGGCAAAGCCGGUGCAGCUGGAGCGUUAAACCCGGACUCGGAGCCGAGCGUGCGGGACUCAAGGCGCCUCCGGGACCGGGUCUGGAUUCAUGCUGAUCCGUGCAGUCCGCUGCGAUCCGGAUCCGUGUAGUUCGGCGGGUCGUGGUGGGGAGGAUGGAGGGGAAGGAGAAGCCCAGACCCGGUCCGGAUUACUUGAUGCAACUCAUGAACGACAAGAAACUGAUGAGCGGUCUGCCGAACUUCUGCGGAAUCUUCCAGCACCUGGAGAGGCUCCUGGACGAAGAGAUCGGCCGCGUGAGGAAGGACAUGUACACGGACACGUUGAAUGGAUCGGAGAAGAGCGGCGAGCUGCCGGAUGCUGUCGGCCCAACGGUGCAGCUGCAGGAGAAACUCUACGUCCCCGUGAAGGAGCAUCCCGACACUGACCUGUGUGUGUGUCAGUUUAACUUUGUGGGGAGGAUUCUGGGUCCUCGCGGUCUGACAGCGAAGCAGCUGGAGGCUGAAACUGGAUGUAAGAUCAUGGUGAGAGGAAGAGGCUCUAUGAGAGACAAGAAGAAGGAAGAGCAGAACCGAGGGAAGCCAAACUGGGAGCACCUGAACGAUGACCUUCAUGUCCUCAUCACAGUGGAAGAUGCCCAGAACCGAGCCGACAUCAAACUCAAACGAGCUGUAGAUGAAGUCACCAAACUGCUCGUGCCUGCUGCAGAGGGCGAGGACAGUCUGAAGAAGAUGCAGCUGAUGGAGUUGGCCAUCCUGAAUGGGACGUACAGAGACGCCAGCAUCAAAUCCUCAUCCCUCGCCUUUUCUUUCGCAGCAUCCAGCGUCUCGCAACAGGCUUCUCGUGUCCUCUCGGGCCCCGCCCCUGUCCUGGCGCCGCCCACUGCCCUGCGUACACCCGCCCCCACAGGCCCCACUCUCAUGCCUCUGAUUCGUCAGAUCCAGACAGUGUUGCCCAAUGGAACAACAGCACUGAUGGCAGGGGCGGGGCCUGAGUCUGGCCUGAUCUACGCGACGCCAUACGAUUACCCGUACGCUCUGGCAGCACCAGCGUCCAUCUUGGAGUACCCGCUGGACUCUGGGGGGGUGUUAGGUAAGCCCGCUCCCCCCUGUUCCUGUGAAUGCUCUCCCACUCCCCACCACCACACUCAUGGCCAGUGGAGCCCUGCCCCCACACUGCUCCUCCGACACGCCUCCUGAGAGACAAAACAAACAAACACACACACACACACACACACGGCCUCGUGCCUCCUGCUGGAUGGAUGAGGUCGUCAUUGCUCCAUCAUUAUCUGCCGUUUGAUUGGCUGAAAAUGUUUGAACUGACUUCUAGCACUGAUGUCAUGUGACCACAGCUUCCUGCACUGAACCACACGCCUGUGAACUGAAAACACGCCUCCACCUGCAGACGCUUUCAGGUCAAUGCAAACGUACCGAUUUUUGGAGAGGAAGUAAAAGUUGAUUCAAGUGAUUUGAAUAUCUGUAAUCUUCAGGAAAUAAAGACGUAUGUUUAGAACGUAAUCAGAUUACUUAUAAUUAGUAUUUAUUGAUUAUUUAAACUAUUACAUUACAAAAUAUAAUUCUGAAAUCAAACUUUCAGAGAAAAGUAUUAAAAAGGUUUAAAUGUCAGAAUAAUGAGGACUGUGGUAUUUUGAGAGGAAGAGCUAUAUUUACACAUCCAAGCAUGAAAUAUUACUUUGGCCUUUAUGAGCCACAGUAACCAAUCAAAGUGAAGCACUCAAAGGGGCAUCGCCCUUGUGAUGAUGUCACAGUUCAGACUUGACCUGAAAGCCUCUCACAUCUCAUCUGGAGCGAAAUUGUCUCCCAGUUUGUGCCUUAAUGCAUGUUUCUUAUUGUUUUCAUCACUGACUAGCAAUGAUGUCAUGAUGUUCCUGUGUGUACCUGUUCUGUCACGAUGGACAGGUUUGUCCCUGUCCUCCAAGGGCUGGUGCGGCUAAACUUCUUCUUAGCCCCGCCCUUCUGGCUGCACACCUACCUUUCUCACGUCACAGAUUCGGUUAGAGGUUUACUUUGAUCUGAAACUAUGUCUGACCCUUCCUUUACACCUAAAAGGGAGGGUCAGAGCUUUAAAAACUAAAUGAUUGAUAAAAGUCCCGUACUGUAACCAAACACAGACACAGCUGUGGCCGAUCGAAGCUUAUAUUUUAAUUAAAAUUUCAAGAAUAACUUAUCACACAGCCAUAACAAGCGUAGAGUCGUGUUUUAUUUGGACUGCUCUCCAUCUAUAAUUAAACAAACCUGCUUACAGCGCCCCCUGCUGCAGACUGUGGAUGCUUUACGUCAAUGAACACAGAGUUAAACUUGAUCCAAGGAAACCAGCCCAGCAAGAAACCAGUAAGAAAACAGGUGGCUUCUGGGAAAUGCAGUCCUGAUGUGUGACAGUGGCACAGCUGUUCACCUUUAGGCAGAACAGACAGCUCCCUGGUUUUGAAGACUUUACUGAUCCUAUGAGGUUAAUGAAAAAGAACAGACUGUCUUUGAUUGAGCGACUCUUUUAACAAACCAACUUUGAUCUGGGUUUCAGUUCAGGUCAGACUUUAAGAUAAGCUAGGGUAAGGCCUGAAAAAUUACAGAUGUCUGUGGGUUUAUUUUACCUUUUCUUCUAUUUCAUAUGUUACUUUAAACAUGUUACAGUGUGGAUAGAUGACAGAGCUAACAGUCCUAUAGCUAAGUUAGGUGUGACUCUAGAGGAGACAGUAAACAGGAAGCUUUCAAUUAAAGUUCCCGCUAUGACAUUUGCUAACAGAACUUACCUGCGUGCAGAUCUACGUCUGAAACAUCAAUGACUUUGCUCAUGACUGAUUUGAUGCUGAACUUUGACCUCAGAGAUGAGUGGUGAUGUGACCACAGCCCUGGAGGUUACUGACAGAUUUAUCAAAUAUUCUGGGAUCACUAUGUGAUUAAAACAUGCCAACCAGACGUUUCUGCUGACGGUCAGUGUACAGCUAAAGUCUAUACUGUUGUUUCUCAAGACUAUAAAUGUGAACAUUUCUGAUUUUCUCUCUCCAAAAAAGGGCAAAAGAUCAAAAAUAAAUACUGACUUUUUUAAGUUGUAUUAUAUUUCUUGAAAAAACAAAAGUCUCCAUGGUAAAACUUUGCUAAAAUAUUAGCAGCUGUUGACCAAUCAGACCGCUAAAUUAAAUAAUCUAAUCAGAUUCCCAGCUUCACUGUGAGGUCACUGCCCGUCAGAAAUCAGAAACAUGAUUUUACUCUGUGAACUUGCAAAGAUCAGAAACCUGUUGUCUGCCGGGGGUUUGGUACUAAAACAAUCAAACUGUCAUCUGUAGUUACAAAGUAAUCAAUAGGUAACACUGACACAACUAAUGAAACAAAUCCGAUGAAAUUGCACAGAAACCCGGCAUAAACCCAACCGCCACAUUAACCGAGUUCAUGGUCCGAACACUCAGACGUGAACUUUUAUUCGCACUCAAGGAUCUCUCAUAGGACAUUACGUUUUCCUUUAAAACUCGGACUUUGGUCAAAGAGAUGAGCUGUAGGGUGAAAGGAGACGUACGGAAAGACUUUUACCUGAAACAACCAAACUUAAAGGAUCGUCCACGUGCAGUCUCACGAGGUGAUCACAAGACCUCAUCAUGGUGUCUCCCUGGUGAAAACGGUUCGCGGUAAAACUGAAUGUCGAGAGAUGUUGUAGACUUCACACAUCGGGCUGUGACGGCCUCUCACCUCGCUUAUCUUCAUCGCAAACACUGACAGGAACAGCUCGGCAAGCGUCUUCAGAGUGAGGGACAGGAGUCCACCCUUCUCUGGAUCGAGAAAAUGUGGUUUCAUCUGAUACAAAGAUCAGAUCAGAACACAAAUUUCCUAGCAGAUUUAACACGGAGGACCGUGGAGGUCCAGGAGACCUUCAGGAAGUGCUUGAGCCGACAGUGAUUUUACACCUCCGACAUUAAUGCAUGUUUCAUGUCGGAAUUAUUUUUCAGACUGGAUGUAAACACGGUCGGUUCAGAUAUUCGUUCGCUCCGUUCACUCAGAAGCUCAACAGCAUCAGCACUGAAGCUCAGAAAGAACACCAGCUCAUCUAAAGAGUCCUUCAUUGCUCAACCACUCAGUCUUGGUUGUUUGUUGAGAUGUUGAAGGGGGAAAUUGGCCCUAAAUUAGUUCAGGUAGUGUGUACAGGUUGCAGUGUGGUGUUAAAUGAACAUAUACCUUUUCUUUCAUCCAGAAAAAAUCUUUUAUGAGCCCCAAACAUCACAUUUCUCCGUAACGCAGAAGGUCGACCUUUCUGAUCUGUUUAAGGUAAACAUGAGAACGUUUGUGAGCGGUUCCAAACUUUGAACGUUAGCAUUGGUCUGCAGCGGGUUGCAUUCAGGUGUAACCAGUAAACCAGAGCGUUUGCUGGUGUCUGGCUGUGAUGGUGGAGGUCAGGUGAGGGACAGGUGUUCCUAAUGAGACUUUAAUCUGUAUCUGUCUGAUCUCUGGAACAGACCUCCUCCUCCUCUUCUUCCUCUGUCAGUACAGCAGAUGUUCAAACCUCAGAGAAAAUGUUCGACUUGAUGAAUGCAUCUGACCAUUUCAGACACUGUCAUGUCUUCCUGUCUUUUUAUUUCUAUUAUUUUAGUUUAAUUGCAAAGAGAGUAGUUUUUAUGUAUAAAAGUAUAUAAAUAUAUAUGUGAGAUGUAAAGAGCAGAAGUGUUUAUGAAAUGUGAAUCUUUGCAAAGAGAUGCAAUAGAAGUAAAAAUUUGUAGCAGCUUUUUGAAUUUAUGAUAAAGAUAGGGCCUCCUGUUUAGAUGUAAGUUUCUAUGAAUGAAUCAGCACCACUAGCAUCAAACCUGCUAUUAGGAACAUGUAGCAUUGCUUCAUGACUUUCAUGUUUGUUCUAAACAGAAAUGAUUCAUUUUAAAAAAGAAAUAA